AUGGAAUUAGAAGUAGAAAAUGUAAGGAAGUCAUCGACUCAAAUGGACAUGUAUUCCUCUCAAUCAAUAACAGUUGUAGCAAUUGAUGCUAAUACAGUUCGUUUUCAAGAAUCAUGUGAAAUACUCGACAUUCCGUCACUUGAACCAGAAUUUGAACAACAAAUAUCAAUUUUUUCUCUUCCAUUUUAUUCAUCUCCAACUGGUUAUAAAAUGAGAGCUCGUCUUUAUUUAAAUUAUGAUGGAAAUGUCCGUCGCACACACCUGUCACACUUUUUUGUGCUCAUGCGAGGUUUGAACGAUCCAUUUCUCAAAUUUCCAUUCAACUAUAAAGUCACAUUCUGCUUGUACGAUCAAACGUCUGCACAACAACAUAUUAUAGAUUCAUUUCGACCGGAUAUUAAAUCAACUAGUUUUCAGCGACCUCGAUUGGAUAUGAAUAUAGUCAGUGGUAUACCGAAAUUUAUCCCGUUAGGAAUGAUUCAACAGGAAGGAAAUCCUUUUGUACGAGACGAUACAAUGUUUAUCAAAAUUAUGAUUGAUUUUAAUGAUAUACUGACAACAUUAUUGCCAUAUACAAUGAGUCUUAAUCCGGGCUUACCGAUGUGUAUUCAGCAAAUAAUCAUCGAGCAAAAAACGGAACGAAGAUCUGAACAACAACGACAACUUUAA